AUUGGUGAUUGGCCUAUUGGAGUGGAGUUGUACCACGUGGUCAGGUACUGCACACUCUCGCGUCCAUGAAUCUCCUCAGCAGCUUCCCGCCUCCCGCUGAAGGAGUCCGACGGCUACAGCCCGGGACUGAGGCUGUGGUUGGCGGCAGGGGGCUCGGCGCUGGAACCCUGUAUAUUGCGGAAAGCCGCCUGUCGUGGCUGAACAGUUCCGGGCUUGGUUUCUCAUUAGAGUAUCCAUCAAUCAGUCUCCAUGCAAUCUCCAGGGACACGGCCGCUUAUCCUGAGGAGCAUCUCUACGUCAUGGUCAACUCCAAGCUCGGAGACAAAGAAGACAAGGAAGCUCCUAUGGCCGAUCAGGAGGAAGAAGAGAGUGAAGAUGAUGACGACGAAGAACCGAUUACAGAAAUACGUUUUGUUCCUGCAGAGAAAUCAGAUUUAGGAGAGAUGUUUUCAGCAAUGUGUGAUUGUCAGGCCCUCCAUCCUGACCCAGAAGACGCAGACUCUGACGAUGACUUUGAAGGAGACGAGUACGAUGUUGAAGCUCAUGAGCAAGGACAGGGCGAUGUUCCCACGUUUUACACUUAUGAAGAAGGCUUGUCUCGCCUAACCACAGAAGGCCAGGCCACACUGGAGAGGUUAGAGAACAUGUUGGGCAACUCUAUAGGCAAUCAGCACACCAUGGCUGGAGUACGGACUGAGGGAUCUGGCCUAGAACCUGAAGAUGGAAUGGAUGUGGAAACUGCUCCGACAGUGGCUGGCCAGUUUGAAGAUGCAGAUGUUGACCACUGACCCAUGACUACAGAAAGGUGUCAUUUCCACACCCAAGACUGACCAACUUACUGAUGAUUCCAAGUUCAGAGAUGCUUGGACUUCGGCUGUGUGAUAUCUGCCAAUAACAGCCCUAGUUCUUUUUCCCUAAGGCCAUUUAAAAAAAAAAAAA